AUGCCUGUCGUCGCAGUGGCCGGCGGUUCUGGCGACCUAGGCAGUCUCAUUGUCAAGGCAUUGUUUGAGAGAGGGAAGCAUGAGGUAUAUGUGCUAUCGAGAGGACCACCAGCUGAUUCUCCGGAGCGAGUGUCUCCCCUGACUGGCAAAUCCUACACUGCCUUCAUCCAGAAUGAUUACACAAGCAUCGAUGCUCUCACCCAAGACCUGGAUAUGCGCAGAGUUGAGGUCGUGAUCUGCGCCUUCAGCCUUCGUAACGACAACGCAUGCAACGCACAGUUACAGUUGAUCCAGGCUGCCGAUAAAGCCUCUUCUGUCAGACGCUUCAUACCAUCCGAGUUCAACAUCGACUAUGAUCUCGGCGACGCAGUGCCGUAUUCGAACAAGAGGUUUCACUUGGCCGGCAGACGCACGCUUGAGAAGACAAGUCUGGAGUUUAGCUACAUCUAUCCUGGCAUGUUCAUGGACUACUACGGCAUGCCCAAGUUCCCAACGCCGCUGAGGCCUCUGUGCUUCUUUAUCGACCCCGUCAACCAAGUUGCAGUCCUUCCAGAUGACGGCGAGGCAAAAAUGUCCAUGUCCCUAACUACGGAUGUUGCUCGCUAUACUGCCCUGGCGCUUGACUUGGAGAAAUGGCCGAGAGUCAUGACAACAACUGCGAGCACCGUCACCUUGAAAAGCCUGGUGCGCCUUUUCGAGAAGUCCACAGGUCGCCCAUUCAAUGUCGAGUAUCAACCAGUGUCCAAGUUUCUGGAGCACGAAAGCAUGUUGCUUCCUGAAAAUGGCGCCAUUGCUGAACUGUUUCCCCAGCGAUUUCCUGGUGGUCUCAAGCAACUUCGGGCCCUGAUAGCUGAUCUUGAGGCCAGUGUGGCCCUCGGAGCGUAUGAUCUGGACAAGAUUGAGGGCCAGCUGAGCCUCACUGAGGUCUUUGAGGGGGAAACGUCGUCGCCUACACGGAUCGAGGACCUGAUGAAAACAGCGUGGGGGACGGAUUGA